GCAAUUUAUGUUUUGGGCAGCUUGUUUCUAUCCGUUUAUAAAAUGUCUUCCCGCACUGUAUUCCUCAUCAUGUACCGUGGGCAGCCCAACCAACGUGCCCAUUUUGGGAUAUGGGUGCCGUACGAAGAGGGCGGUGCUGAGGGAACCAUUAUCCACGUAGUGGGGGCCCCGAUGGUGGGAUUCUCUUUGGAGUUCAAGCGUAGAUACAGUCCUACGGACUCUGCACGUCAUCCAGAGUUAGUCCCAAUCGGAUCCAUUCACAUUCAGCAUGUGCACAACUUCGAAGGCAACAGGGGAACAGACACUACCCCACGAGGUGAUCUUGAGCUAGUGGCAACACAGAUUCAACCGCCCAGGGCCAGCGCCAGUUUUCUAGCACCAGUGAACGAUACAUCGAACCGUAGGUGCCAGGAAUGGGCGAUGGAUUAUGUCCGUCGGCUUGUUGCCGUCGGCUACCUCGACGAAGCGGCUGUGGCAAUCGUCCAGUCGAAACGAGACGCACCAGAUUUUGGCAUUGGCCUACGACCCACCGCUACUCGUCCUCAACAGGCACAAGCUACACCACAGCAGAGUCAACAGCAAGCCACAGCAGCAGCCACUGGAUGGAUUUGGGAUGCGGAGCACAGGCGAUACAGACGUUGGGAUAGUGGAAAAUGGGUAUGGCAGGUGUGA